AUGUCAAAAAGGCACGUGGCUUACAUAAAACCAGACGAACCUAGUUUUUUGAAAAAACUCAAAAAGGAAGCGGGUUAUCAAGAAGGUCCCACUGUAGAUACCAAACGUGAAGAUUACGGUAACAUUGCUGACGAGGAUUUAGAAGAUACUCCAGAAGAACAACCUACCGUGGUUGUUUUGAAAUCUGGAGAUUUAACAGCUGAGGAAGUUGCCAGAGAACAAGAGAGGUUAAAGAAGGAAAUAGAGGAAGCACCUGCUGAUUUGGAUGCCCCUAUACUCUUUAAGGCCCCUAACAAAUCGAAAUUAACGGAAAAUCCUGAACAUCGUGAAAGUUCGAAAAGUUCGAAAAGCAAGUCCAAAAAGUUGAAGAGCAAAAGUCUCUUGUCUUUCGACGAAGAAGAAAACGACGACUAG